UAUAGUAUGGCAUCCUAAGAGUUGUCACAACUGUGUUGCUGCUAGAAAUAAUCUUUUUUUGGCACUUUUAAAGCAUCGUGUCAUCGGAAUUGAGACUUUUCUGGAAUAAUAACCACACUUCAACUCAGCCCAUCAUGCCGUCCGCCUGUGACUCUCUGAUCGAUGACAUCGAGGACAUGGUGUCUUCCAGCGACCCAACACCUCAUGAGAGACAAUCUGCUAGAAAAUCCAUCAUACCAAGGUCCAGGAGGAAGAAAGAGGUGAACAACGAGGAGCUCCACGCUGACAGUUUGAUCCCCGGAACCCAAAAGAUCUGGAUGAAAACGUGGGGCUGCAGUCACAACAACUCAGAUGGCGAGUACAUGGCCGGACAGCUCGCUGCCAGUGGAUACAAAAUGACCGAUGACCCGACAGAAGCGGAUGUGUGGUUGCUGAACAGCUGCACCGUGAAGAAUCCUGCGGAGGACCACUUCAGAAACUCUAUCAAAAAAGCCACAGAACAGCAGAAAAAGGUGGUAGUAGCAGGAUGUGUUCCCCAAGCCCAGCCGAGAAUGGAGUACCUCAAAGGUCUGAGCAUCAUCGGGGUCCAGCAGAUUGAUCGAGUGGUGGAAGUAGUGGACGAGGCUGUUAAAGGUCACUCGGUUCGUCUGUUGGGUCAAAAGAAAGAUGGAGGCCGACGGCUCGGAGGAGCUCGACUGGAUCUGCCCAAGAUCAGGAAGAACCCUCUGAUCGAAAUCAUCUCCAUCAACACGGGGUGUCUGAAUGCUUGCACCUACUGCAAGACGAAGCAUGCCAGAGGAGACCUGGCCAGUUAUCCCAUCGAGGAGCUGGUGGAGAGAGCCAGGCAGUCGUUCCAGGAGGGAGUGUGUGAGAUCUGGCUGACCAGUGAGGAUACCGGUGCUUACGGGAGAGACAUCGGGACCGACCUGCCGACGCUGCUGUGGAGACUCGUGGAGCAGAUUCCUGAAGGAGCCAUGCUGAGGCUGGGGAUGACCAACCCACCUUACAUCCUGGAACACCUGGAGGAGAUGGCGAAGAUUCUGAACCAUCCGCGAGUCUACGCCUUCCUCCACGUUCCUGUGCAGUCGGCCUCAGACAGUGUUCUGAUGGACAUGAAGAGGGAGUAUUGCAUCGACGACUUCAAACGAGUGGUGGACUUCCUGAAGGAGAGAGUCCCUGGUGUGACCAUUGCUACAGAUAUAAUCUGCGGUUUUCCUGGUGAGACCGAUGAAGACUUCCAGGAGACAGUCGACUUGGUGAAACGCUACCGAUUCCCGAGUCUUUUCAUCAAUCAGUUUUACCCCCGACCCGGUACUCCUGCUGCCAAGAUGGAGCAAGUAGCUGCACAUGUGAAAAAACAAAGGACAAAAGAGCUCUCACAACUCUUCCACUCUUACAACCCCUACGACCACGAGGUAGGAGAAAGACAACAUGUGCUGGUGACAGAGGAAUCGUUUGAUGGACAAUACUACGUGGCUCACAACAAGUUCUACGAACAGGUGCUGGUACCUCAGAGGGUGGAAUUCAAAGGGAAGAUGAUCGAGGUGGACAUCUACGAAGCAGGAAAACACUUCUUGAAAGGAAAACCAGUAGAAGACAGCAAACCGUUCACCCCCUCCAUCGCUGCACCGCUUCAGAAAGGAGAGGUAUCUGGUUUGACACAGGAACAUCUGGCCAAUGGAAUCCAAGGUUCUUCUUUCUUGAUUGGAUCCUCCAGUGUGGACCGAGAAGCGCUGAAGAAGUUGGGGAUCGGACUCGCCCUGGCAGCAAUCAUCUUAGCCUUUAUCGUAGAGAAACUGUACUGAGUGAAUACUGAACCACUGUGCAGUUAUUUUAUUUUGUAUGCACCAAAGUGACGUUUUCUUCUGUCAGUGCAGAAAGAAUAACCUCGUGGGCAAUAACAGGUCACCAGUCAGAACACUUUUUAUACAAGCCUUUUGGUACAAAUCAUAAGUUAUACUACAUUUUAACUAGAACCUAUUUGAAGUACAGGUUGGGAUUUUUUUUGCGUUUGGUUAUAAGAGCUGAAUACUUUUAUUAAAAUGUGACGUUUUCACUGAUGAGUGCUGCCUGGCAUUGUCCGUUAAAUGCUGAAUAAGUGUUUUGAAGCUAGUUUUGGGGGUUUUGUAGCUGUUUCACAAAUAUGACUCAGUGAGUUAAUAUAUUCAGGAUGUUAUUUUUACCUGUAACAGAACAGUCUGACUACUGCGGCUGCACUGAACUGCGUUUACUGCUUCACCUGCAGCACAGCGCAGAAUGAAAACAAGACCGUCACUUUUCGUUUUGAGACUGCAUUCUGUCACGUUUUACUUUUUUCUACAAGUUUGUUAAAUCUGAGUAAGUUCACUUUAGACUCUGGAAAGAAUAAAACAACUGACAGUGUGGUCUAAACUCUGAUAAAGUGGUCAUUUCCUUCAUACCGGUAGUUUCACUUUUUCAAUAUAGAUGCUCUUGAACCUAUUUCAAGAGCUGUGUGCUGUUGUCACACCUGAUGUUUCCAGUUUCACUGAUUGUAGUGAAAGUUGAUGCAGGAGACGCUAUACAAACGCUCUGCAAACGUUGCGCUUUCACGGUAGCCAUUGGGUUAAAUGAUCAACUCAUCUGUCACUCUGCAGCUUAUUUGUAGAGUUAUCAUGCUUAGUCUGUUUUUUUUACUAUGUGGAGCUGGUCUGUAUAAUACUCUGAUUAAAGUUUAUGUGUAAUCUUCAUUUCAAAGUAUUUAUUUUUGAAAAGAAGACGUGGGCAGAAUAUUUUCAGAGCUAUUGUACAUAAUGAAUGUCAUUUCUGUUAACCUUGUGUAUAUUCGGCUGUUCAUUAAGUGUUUUAUGUUUUUUGCCCCAAACAUUAAAGUCAAAUGGAAUUCA